AUGUGCAGAGUUUUGCCUCACAAUGCUCACGAGAUUUGGACCACGUGGCACUUGAACCGCAAAAUGAUGACGAGUCCUGGUCCACAACUGCAGCUCCGGGAUGCGACCUGGCAGAAGGCGGCCGUGGCCAGGGCUGGGGUGUUUGGCUUGUUCUGCAAGGUGGAGAUGCAAGGGAAGGAGCCGAGGAUGAGCCGACUAGAUGGCGCGAAGGUGCGGCAUCCGACGCUUUUUGAGCUGGACAAGGUCAUUGAGGCCUGCAGCACCAAGCGGCGGCAACCUGUUUGCAUCAUGACAAAGAGGGAUUCUCGAGUUUUGGAAGGGCUAGUGGAGCUGAAGUCAGCCCGUUUUCCCCGCAGCAGGUCCCAGGUGGAUCUCGCUCCCGGCCACUACCGUAUGGAUGUGGGGUUGCCUGUGAAUAAGCAGAUCGAGGUCUUGGCCUCCCGCCUGACACGCGCAAGAUCUGCUCCGAGAUUUUCCUUCAGCAAAGAGAAGCGCGUAGACAAGGAGGAUUGUCUGAAAGGCUUGUCACCGACUUACCAGAAGCAGCCAAAUGAGCUUGGGCCUGGUCAGUACAAGAUGAUGAAGCUGAGUAUGGGCUGCAGUUCCCUCAUCAAGGCUACGGCACCUUCCUUCUCCUUUUGA